CGCGCUGGGCCCGCGAUGUGCACCGCGAGAUGAACGCAGCCCUCGCGCGCACCUCGCACACAUCUUCAUCGCACGCGCCCCGAAACCCCGCGCGGUCGCGAACGCGCAGGCACGCGCGCGCGGCCUCGACGUUCGACCGCCCGUCCCGUUCAUUCACCCGGCAAUUCGGCACCCCAGCGGCAAAGAUGAGCGCGGCGGAGGUUGCCCCCGCGCCCCCGGGCGACGACACCGCGCGCGGACCCACCCGGCGGUUCGUCACCGACUUCCUCACCUCCCGAGCCCCGAGCCUGGACCCGCCGAAGGACGCCCCGCGGCGCUCCGACAGCGCGGACGAGCUCCUCAUCUUAAACUACAAGCUCCCGUGCGUCGCGCCGCACCUAUGGCACAGGUGCGAGCGGCGGUACUGCGCCGACGGCGGCGCCAACAGGCUUUUCGACGACAUGCCGCGAUUGUUCCCGGACCACAACCCCGACGUCGUCCGAGCCGCCUUCGUCCCCGACGUCAUCGUCGGCGACCUGGACUCGGUCCGACCCGAGGUUCUGGCGUAUUACCGCGACGGCGGCGCUCGAUGCGUGGACCUGAGCGCGGACCAGGACAGCACGGACCUGCACAAGGCGAUGACGCACAUGGUGGACUCCGCGUGGAGGGUGUCGCAGGGGACGGGGAACGGCCUCGGGCGGGUGAUCGCCGGGAAGGGUUGGCUCAUGGAGCACAGGAUAUUCGCGGUGGGCGCGCUCGGCGGGAGGUUCGACCAGACGAUGUCGAGCGUGAGCGCCGCGCACGAGUUCGGAGACGCGCACGUCGUGCUCAUCGGCGCACACUCGAUGGCGUUCGUGGUACCCGCGCGGACGCGCGUGACGAUCGUGCCGGACGUGGAUAACGAGGGGCCGACGUGCGGACUCAUCCCCGUGUGCGGCGCCGCCGAGACGGUUCGCACGAGCGGUCUGCGAUGGAACCUCACGGGCGGCGGGCUGGAGAUGGGGCGGCUGAUCAGCACGAGUAACGCGCUGGACGUGGUCGGGACGGACGGGGAGGUGCGGAUCGAGACGGACGCGCCGUUGCUGUGGACCACCGACGUGAGCCGAAUGUGGAGUGUCGAGGAGUCCCCCGCUCGACUCGAUUGAUAGACUGGCUCUAUUAAUAGGUGUACAAACUAAGUGUC